AUGCUGUGGCUUUUCCGGCGGCAAAAGGUUGGCUAUGGCAGGCUGGACAAGACUUAUUUACUGGGCGAUACACAAAGGUAGACAAAAGUCAUAUAUCUUAUAUCUACGGGUUCGGACGGGGUAUAUACCCAAAUACCCGAGAGGCCGGGAAUUUUCGGGUAUUUAUGGGUAUAUUCAAAGUAAUUCUGCAUUCAAAAAGUGUAAAAAAAGUCGAGUUUUGUCACAAAAAAUCAAUAAAUGUUGACAUUUUGCCAUAAUUUGUUUUUUGCCUCUCAAAGCUUGGUUCGAAGGUCGAAAUUUACUUUGCCGGAGUAGUGAAAUAAACGGGAAAAAAUUCAAAAUCUGACUGCCAAAUAUUGGAUUGCUAAACUUUUUGCUUGUUGAAGUACUAAUUUUGUUUGUAGUAGUUGGGAAAAUAGAGAAUAUCACUCCAAACAUGAUUAGGUUAAUGAAUAACUUGCGACUUAUUCAUUAACGACUUCAUAUUGGUACUAUUAGGUUGUUCAAAAUGCGAUGUCGGAUUUUAUCCUUUAACUUUAAAACACCAUAACUUUUUUUAUAAUAAACUUUAUUAAUCGAAAUAAGAACCAUUGGAAUCAACACACUUUUGCCAACGAGAUAGAAGUUUAUUUAUGCCGGUAGCGUAAAAAUCCCGAGUUCUGGAGGCGAUAAAGUCGGCGAAGGCGGUUUUGGCGUCGUCUUGGUUUUUGAAGCAUUUCUCCUGCAAGAAGUUGUCCAGAUGCUUGAAAAAGUGGUAGUCGGUGGGCGAGAGGUCGGGCGAGUAUGCUAAUUUAGGAUAAUUUUAUAAAUACCCGAAUAUACCCGAGAUUUCGGGAAUAUACCCGGGUAUAUACCCGGUGGUGAAUAUACCCGAAUAUUCCGAACUCUACGUGCGACGUAUUUUACAAAAAAAGAAUUAACUAUUACAACUAGGCUUGGGGCUAAGGUAGUACAGCCCCCCAGUCCAGUUUAGCCCCCCAUGACCCAGUACAACCCCCCUCGUCCAUUCUGAACCUCAAAAUUUAUUUCAAAAAAUUAAUCCAAGUUGUAUGGUCCAGCACAAACCCCCCUCGUUUUAGAUGCAGCCCCCUACGUUUUAGAUCAAGCCCCCUACGUUUUAGAAAAAGCCCCCUACGUUUUAUAUCGAACCCCCAACGUAGUAGAUCAAGCCCCCACUUACAUUUUUUGUAAUAUUCUAAUUUGUUCAUUACUAAUUAUACCACUGUUUUGCCCGGGUGUGAAACGGGCAAAACAGUGGGGGUUUGAACUACCUUUCGUGGGGGGCUGAACUACCGAAGCCCCCUAGGCUUUUCAAACUUUAUAGUACAAGUAGAGUAUGUUUUUCACAAGAAAAUACUUUUUAAUUUACAGUAACCAGCUGGAAUGGGCGCCGCCGGUCCGAGUGGUCGCCGUGAUCACAUUGUUCGCUUCAACCUUGGAUUUAUUCGCUGAUUUCCUCCUCUGCAGUCGGUAAGUCGCUUCUCACUUUAGAGUAAAAUACGAGGUACAACAUUUUCAUCAAAAAUAGCUGAUUUUUCCUCCGAAACUCCCCUCGGAUUUUCCUCAAUUUUUCGUUUGGAAAGAUUGAUGAAUAUCUCGGUGGAACUUGUAAAAUACGGAUGUGAAUUUCUAGAUAAUAAUUUAUGGCUAAUAUAGAGGAUGUUUGCCAAAUUUCACAAAAAUCGUCCUUUAUUGCUUCGAGAAAAAUAACUUUUAACGACGAAAAGAUUUCACUUCAAAAAAAUGUUUUGACGGAAGAAUGACAUAACAAUAAAGUUUUAGGGUAAAAUACGGAGUACCCUUUUAUUAUUUAUCUUUUGGUAAGAUUUUGAUGUCUUUUUGUCACGAAAACCUUAGAAAUUUUGUUACUAAUCAUCGAUAGCAAAAAGAAUUAAUUUUUAUUUAUUUAUUUUUUUGAUAGAAAAUAAUGUAUUUUAUCAAAAUAUUUUCAAAAAUGGAUAAAGCCGCAAAAAAAUGUGUAAAAAAAUUGGUUUAAAAUAUAUUAAAAUAUUUAGGUUACUUUAUGAUAAAGUUUGGUAACUUUUAUAAGAAUAGCAUAUAUGCAGAAAAAUUCCUCUUAAAAUUUAUUACUAUAUACUUUUUUCCAUUUUUGAAUUGGAAGCUAUCUUAUAAAAAAUACGAAUAUAUUUAAAAAACCGCAAUUCUUUUUGCAGCAACCUAAGUGCAGCUCUUGCCCUAAAAUUUUCACUAUUUGAUUUCUGGCCCACAUAGAGCACAUUUGCCAAAUUUGAAGAAAAUACAACGGUAUUGCCUUGAGCAAUUCACUUUUUUAAGCAAAAAAAGUUUUCAUCGUAUAAAAUGUCUCCGUCCGAGACAAAUCUGAAAUCUGAACUUUUGGGGUAAAAUACGGAUUCGCGAAGCUAUUUUAUUUUUUCAAGCAAUUUUACACAUCAAUUUUUGGCAGUAUUAUUUUACAGUAUACUUAAAAAAAAUGUUAUUUUUUUCUCAAAUUUAAUUUUCAGCCUAGCCGAGUUCCUGGCCAACUUCCAGACCGAGACUGCCAAGAAUUGCGCGUACGGUUACUUUUUCUUCACCGGCGUCUCCAUGCUGGUCUACGUCUUCGAGAUGGUUGAUGUCUGUUUGACCCUAAAACAUGACGAAGAAGAUGUUUUCUUCGCUCGGCUCGCCAAAUCGUUGGUUCUUUGUUGUGAGGAGGUCCCAUUGCCUGCUCUGUUGUAUGUAUUGUUCACAACUGAGCCAAGAUUAUCGUUGGCAGACCCGGUUCACAUUGCCUCGUGGAUCAAACUGAUUACUUUGAGCUGGGGAAUUGUAAAGUUCAGCAAAUUGAGGUUUUUCUGGCCAUUUUUGGUGUGCAAUCCGAAACAUGAGCGACGGUAAGUAGUCAUUUUUAAGGAUUGAAAUUUUUAUUUUUUCAAAAAUUUGGAAAAUUAUUUUUUGCACAGUGCAGAUUUUCGAAGCCAAUUUUUUUGCACGGUGCAAAUUUUUUACAGCUGUUGCACCGUGCGCAUAUUUCAAAAUAUAUUUUUUUUGCACUGUGCAAUUUUCUUUUUUUUCAAUAACUCUUUUGCACAGUGCAGACCCAACAAAGAUUUUUCUGCACAAUGUAAAUUUUUUUACAGCUUCCGCACAGUGAUGUUUAAAAAUAUCUUCUUUGCACAGUGCAAUUCUUUAAUUUUUCUGCACAGUGCUGUUUUUUCACUCAAAAACUUUUUCGCACAGUGCAGAUCAAAAAUUUUUUGCACAGUGCGUUUUUCGGAAAUUUAUUUUUGCACCGUGCAGAUUUUUUAUCAAAAAACUCUUUCGCACAGUGCGGAUUUAUCAAAAAUUUUUUUGCACAGUGCAGUUUUCUUUAUUUUUUCUUUGCACAGUGCAAUUUUUUCGGACAUUUCUUUGCACUGUGCAGAUUUUUUACUAAUGUGAAAAAAAUUGUUUGCACUGUUCUGGAGAUUAAUUUUUAUAACAAAAGUUAAAAUCGCAACUUUUUUAUCAAAAUUUUUUUAGAGAAAACAUCCGUCGGAUGUUCAACUUCACCCUGUAUCGAUGUGCCAUGGUCUUCGUCAACAUUUGUCACUUUCUAGCCAUUUUCAUCGUCAUCAACAAUUUGAUUGCCUCGGGCAAAGGCGGCAAGCCAAUCACUGCGCGGCAUUGA